AUGCGCGCCGACGGAAACUGCUUGUUCCGCGCCCUCGCCCACGCCCUCUGGGGCGACGCCGAGCUGCACGUCCCGCUACGCGCCAAGGUCAUCGACUACCUCUCGCAAGAGAGGGACUACUUUUCACAGUUUGUCGCAGAGGACUUCGCGAGGUACGUACGCAGAAAGAGCAGGGACGGCACGCACGGCAACCACCUCGAGCUGCAGGCCGCCGCCGAGCUCUUCGGGAAGCCCAUCGAGGUCUACUCGUACGGCCCGACACCCGUGACUAUCAUUGACUCGUGGAGCAUGCAUGCGGGGGAGGAUUCUACCCGCAGACCGGAGCCGGUCAGGCUCAGCUUUCAUCGUCGGAGCCAUUACAACGCAGUGGAGCCGCUGGCGAUUGCGGGAGAGAAGCGCAUCGCGCAGGCAAAACGCGAGAGAGAGUUGCAGUGGAGAGCCACCUUAGAUGCGCAGGCAACCCAGAACGAGAUGGAAAAGGCUGUUGUCGCGCUCUCGCUGGUCGAAGCUAGUCGCAGAGAGUCUGCUGCCGGGUCGUCUGCCUCCUCGUCUACGCCCAUGCUGCCUUCCACAGUGCUUGCCCUGAUUCAUGCUGGAUAUACUGAAGAGAGAGCGAAGGAGGCAUAUCAAGUAGCGGGGCACGGUGGCUUGGGGGCAAUGGUCCAACAUCUCACAAGUGAGUUCUUCAGCCCGAAGAGUUAUGUGCCACCGAGCUUUCGACAGAGUAUGAGGGGGUCUACAUCGACGGCUACAGGAGGGCCAGCGCGUAGCAGUCAGCCAAGUCGAGUAGGACCAGAGCCCGGUAUCCAUGGAACGGAUCGGAAAUCUGAGGUAUCUUCUGUACUCAAGAAAGGUUCAGGUACAGAAGCGCCACCUGUGAAUACGGAGGGAAACAGCAAUCAGAGGACAGAGAAUGCGAACGAAUAGCCCUGUGUGAAACGGGAUCACAGCUCGAUUCUGUGUUUGUGCUUAUGAAUACCGCUUGUUGGGUACUUAUUGUCAAUCUAUAGUCAGACUUAGAGAAACUGCAGUUUGCUUGCCAGCGCGGGUGAUGGCCUGCGUGAUUUCGCUUUUAUCGAUAGCAACUAUCAACAGAUCUAUCGCGUAUGCAUCGCUACCUGCAUUGAAUUGUGAAGCACCUUCGGGAAUAGCCCGCUGUAAAUGAUGUCGCAUCUCUAGCGUAUCAA